AUUCCACUCGUCCAGAUUCCUUGAUCCUUUGCGGUCAUUCAUAAACAAAAACAAAGAGAUAUUCGCCGAGUCUUUUUCUGAAGAAAUAUUGGCGGAAAUUUACCCAUUGAAUAUCCCAAAUAGAAUUUUGCGGAUCAAGUAGUUUAUAGGAAUAUACAAACUUCUACACGUGUGAACAAGUCCUUUCGAUGCGUUUUAUGUGACCAUGGUGGAUUCAGAAGCGAAGAAAGGAAGGCUUUCUUUCAAAGACGCUCUGUUAAGUAAAUACAGUUUUGAUGACGAGGAGAGCGAUGAAGACCUGUGCUUUAUACAUUUUACGGGAUCUCCAAAGCACAAAGCCUCUUUUGGUCAGUCAGACCACUUCCAAAAACAAAUCAUCACUCUUGAUGGCCGUGGAAUCAACUGUGCAGGUCCUGUUGGAGAGAUUGCAUCAAUUUGUCCAAAUGUUGUAGAGUUGGAUCUGGCAAAGAAUGAUCUUUCUGAUUUUCAAGAGGUAUUUCAAAUAAUUAGUCAACUACAGAAGUUGGAGUUUUUAAACCUGAGUGAAAAUUACUUGUGGCAAAGGAUUGACGACUUUACUCCAUUUAUGGCAGACCAGUGCAAGGAUUCUUUACCUUCUAUUAAAAAACUCAUCCUAAACAACACAGCCGUACCACUGGAGACAGUUUACUCUCUGUUGAAUUGCCUCACUGGAGUACAAGACCUUUACCUGAGUCUUAAUGGCUACAAAAGCAUUCCAGAUACACCAGAGCAAUAUCCAAACGUCAGAAGCUUGUCAAUCAACAAACAUGUCAUCACACAAUGGAACGAGAUUGGAAAGGUGGGAUUUGUGUUCCCAGGCUUGGUAGAGCUGCGUAUGUCAGAGUGCCCUCUGGAAAAUAUUACUGCCACUGAGAUUGCACAACAGUUUCCCAACCUGAAGGUGCUGAACCUAAAUGAUACACUGCUUGACUCGUGGGAAGCCAUUGAUGCGCUGAAAUGCUUCCCAGGAUUGACAGAUGUCAGUGUCAUGGGGAUACCCCUGCUAGAGCAGUACUCAGAUCAACACAAGCGCCAGCUUCUUAUUGCAAGGCUCCCUAACAUUCAAAAGCUUAACAAGACCGGCGUGACAGACGAAGAACGGGAAGACGCUGAACGAUUUUUCAUUCGUCAUCACAUGGAUGAUGAAAGUCCUCCUUCAAGGUAUCUUGAGCUGGUAGAUGCUCAUGGUGUGUUAGACCGACUGGCUGAGGUCAACCUUAAAGCUAAAGAAUCUGCCUUGAUCUCGUUUGUAUUUGAUGAUGAACCUCUUUUUAAGAGAGAAAUAAACCUUAUGCAGAGUACAACGAGCUUGAAAAAAUAUUUAAGUGAGAUUGUAGGGCUACCACCUCCCGGAUUCAAGGUACUUUACCGCGAUGUUGAAUUUUCCUUUGGUCUUGACGAAAUGAAGUAUGGCCCCAAAAAGCUGUAUACGUACAACAUGAAAGAUGGAGAUGAAAUACAUGUGUGGAGCCGCUGACUUAGCAGAGCACCGUUUCAAGAUUAAUUAAUAGUGAUUUUUCUUUAUGGACGUUUUUUACAGUUCAGAGGAUUAAAACUAAUUGUGUUUGAGGCAUGCGUUGUAGAAAUAACAAAACAACAGUUCUCAAUGAAGGUCACUCUUGAUCAGUUUGCUUAAAAUUUAGAAAUCCAGGUGAACAUUAAGAUAUCUUUACUUGUUAAAUGUCCGUUCCACGAGCUGUAUUGUAGCCCUGCCGACAGAUACAGAUCUUUUGUAUCAGUAGUAAAGUGAGCUUGGAGUGAGCGAACGAGACAGGGGUAACCAUUUUCUAUAACCUUAACUCUCUCGUUCACUCACCCGCGUUGACCGUUAGCUGUUCAUUAUAUUCAAAGACUUUUUCUAUCCACAUUCUUAUACAUGUACAUGCUCCUUCCCAAUAAGCUUUUCACAAUUUCUUCACUUUGAGGAUUUGUUUUCGUUUGUUAUAUGGAAAAUAGUUUCAAGGUUGGUAUCCAAAGGUUUGAUAUAAAAACCUUGGGACGUAAAUAAUAAUAUGUUUAGGAGUUAUGGUUGGCCUUUAGACACUGGAAAUAUAUAUUGAAGGUAACACAGGAGGGUUUAAACUUUGUAAAAAGUUACAUCUUAUCAUGCUUUUUGCAAUUCGAUAAUGAAAGUGAGAUCACCAAGCUCGUUUUUGAGUUAUAUAUGCUUAAAGCUACAUUUAAGGGUGUUUUAACAAGUUGCACUGUUGCUAUGGUAAC